GCUUGCAGUUGUCAGAACGGUGGAACUCAGGGAGCGUGCAUUGGAAUUGUCAGAAAUACAUACAAAAGGAGCGUGCACUUUUUUGUUUUUGCCAUGGCUGAUCUUUUGCAUUACAACGAUUCUGCUGCAGUUGGAAACCGUUUCGCCCGCAAAGGUGCUCUGCGGCAGAAAAACGUUCAUGAAGUGAAGAACCACAAAUUUACUGCCCGUUUUUUUAAGCAACCGACAUUCUGCAGUCAUUGCACAGACUUUAUAUGGGGUUUUGGUAAACAAGGAUUUCAGUGCCAAGUGUGCUGUUUUGUGGUCCACAAACGCUGCCAUGAGUUUGUUACCUUCUCCUGCCCCGGGGCCGACAAGGGUCCGGACACAGACGACCCUAGAAGCAAGCACAAGUUUAAGAUUCACUCCUAUGGCAGUCCUACCUUCUGUGACCAUUGUGGCUCUCUGCUUUAUGGUCUCAUCCACCAAGGGAUGAAAUGUGACACCUGUGACAUGAACGUGCAUAACCAGUGUGUGAUGAACGUCCCCAGCCUGUGUGGAACGGACCACACAGAGCGUCGCGGCCGCCUCUUUCUCAAGAUCGAGGUCAGCGGAGACAGGCUACAUGUCACAGUGGGUGAGGCCAGGAACCUAAUCCCCAUGGAUCCUAACGGUCUGUCGGACCCCUACGUGAAGCUCAAACUGAUCCCUGACCCGAAGAACGAGACCAAGCAGAAGACCAGGACAAUUCGCUCCUCACUAAACCCCACCUGGAACGAGUCCUUCACUUUUAAGCUGAAGGUGAUGGAUAAGGACCGCAGAUUGUCUGUGGAGGUGUGGGACUGGGACCGCACCACUAGGAACGACUUCAUGGGUUCCAUGUCCUUUGGCGUAUCCGAGCUCAUCAAGUCACCUGCCUGUGGAUGGUAUAAGAUGCUUAACCAGGAAGAGGGAGAGUACUACAACGUCCCCAUCCCUGAAAAGGAUGAUGUUAACCUGGAACUCAGGCAAAAAUUUGAGGCCUGCCAGUUAAAUAUCCACUAUCUCAAGAAAGCCAAGCUGGGUCACGGGAAGAUGGUGAUCGCACAGUCAGACCAUCGAAGGUUCAGUCUACCCUCGGGGAACAUGGACCGGGUCCGCCUCAAUGACUUCCACUUCCUGGCCCUGCUGGGGAAGGGCAGCUUUGGCAAGGUGAUGCUGGCAGAGAUGAAGUCGACAGAGGAGCUGUAUGCUAUCAAGAUCCUGAAGAAGGAUGUGGUGAUCCAGGAUGACGACGUAGAGUGCACCAUGGUGGAGAAAAGGGUCCUGGCCCAGAGAGACAAGCCCCCCUUCCUCACACAGCUACACUCCUGCUUCCAGACUGUGGACCGGUUGUACUUUGUGAUGGAGUACAUAAAUGGAGGAGACCUCAUGUAUCAUAUCCAGCGUGUGGGCAAGUUCAAGGAACCCCAAGCAGUGUUCUACGCUGCAGAGAUUGCAGUGGGUCUGUUCUUUCUGCACAGGAAAGGAGUCAUCUACAGGGAUCUGAAGCUGGACAACGUGAUGCUGGACUCCGAAGGCCACAUCAAGAUAGCAGACUUUGGCAUGUGUAAGGAGAACAUGUAUGAAGGCUUGACCACGCGCACCUUCUGUGGUACCCCUGACUACAUCGCCCCAGAGAUUAUAGCAUAUCAGCCCUAUGGAAAAUCUGUGGACUGGUGGGCAUAUGGAGUCCUCCUAUAUGAGAUGCUGGCUGGACAGCCCCCAUUUGAUGGAGAGGACGAGGAUGAGCUGUUCCAGUCCAUCAUGGAGCACAAUGUGUCCUACCCCAAGUCAAUGACCAAGGAGGCUGUCUCCAUCUGCAAGGGCUUGAUGACCAAGCAUCCAUCCAAGCGCCUGGGCUGUGGACCAGAGGGAGAGAGGGACAUCAGGGAGCAGGCUUUCUUCAGACGCAUUGACUGGGACCGCCUGGCCAACAGAGAGAUUCAGCCGCCGUUCAAGCCCAAAGUGUGUGGAAAAGGGGCGGAAAACUUUGACAAGUUCUUCACCCGUACCCAGCCCAUGCUCACCCCUCCAGACCAACUGGUCAUCGCCAAUAUUGACCAGAGCGAGUUUGCUGGCUUCUCCUACAUCAACCCCCAGUUCACCCAGCCGUCCUUGCACAGUGUGGUAUGA